CUUAGCUCUUCCGCACACUCUCCAAGGAUAUCAGCAAUAGACGUUGGCGCUUGCUCCAUGCUCAAUCCGUUGGAGCGCGACUAGGCAGCCGCUGGGCAAUACUGCCUUUGGACAGUUUCCUUACCGCCUUCUGAAAGCUUCACACCCAGGCGAUUUGUGCUUCGACGAUAUCAACGCUCUCGCAUCAUUCGCCUCCCCAAAAUCUUGCGAUUGCUUCUCGUAUCGAAGCCCAAGAGAAAGGAAACUCUCGGGGAAAGCCGCGUGAUACGCCCACCAUGCUUUCAUUCAGUACGUGGCACGAGUUGCAUUUCAAAGACGUAAGCAAGCGACAAUGGUUUGCCGAUCAGAUCCGAGCCAUGCAGGCUUCAGCUGGAUCGAUGAUAGCACCAGCUACACUGGUGCAUGCGUCAGCGCUCGGUGAUUUUCCCAUUGCUGAUCGAUCUGCAAGGCAAGCAGGGCCUUGUGCAUACUCACAGCAUCAGCAAGCCAGCUCGAGCGAUGUCACACUGGACGUACUCGAUGAUCCCGAUGCAGACCCCUUGGCGCCAUAUCCAGGCGAGACAGAUGAAGAAUGGCAAAUGCGCCAUGGUUUCGCUUACCUCACGCCAGGCGCGGUCAAGGUCUUUGACGCUUCGCGCAAAUUCAGGGAAGAAAGGGACGCGGAAGCGGCUGCCGCGGACGAAGGCGGCGAGGUUGAAGAACAAGAACUAGAUUAUGGAGACGAGGCGGCAGCGGCAUGGGAAGAUGAGGACGAGAUCCUGAAUAGCACGCCUCGAACUCGACAGGGACAGGGGCAGGGGCAGGAGCCGUUAGGUGCCCAAAAUGCGUCGCAAGACGCGGGGAACACUGCCAUUCAUCGCAUGUCCAAACCGGGCCAAGGUACGGGAACAAGAGCCAAAAAGCGUCAACGGCGACAGGCAGCGAUUGAGAAGCGUCUGGCAGGCAAUGGACUCUCGUCUUCGAGUGCCGUUCAGCACCAUGCACAGGAGCGUUCUGAAGCGGUGCGUGAGCCACUGACGGCGACCACAUGGCCGACAGCCUCUGAUUUGCGAGAUAGACGACCAGCGGACUUUCGAGUCAAGACGGAGAACGGCGAGAUUGAUGAGCUUGCUGCGCUGAGAGCGCGAGCGUUGUCUGCCAAGCGGGCGAAACGAUGAUAACUGCGUAAGCGAUACAAAGGUAUGUAUCUGUAAGGCAAGUCAGCCGUACUUGUUUCACGAUGAACAAUCGUCAUCCUUAUACCGAAAGAUAUUGCGGAC